ACAUUAUGUUCUUGAUCCUACUAACGCUAAUCCUGUGCAGCUCUUUUGCCACCAGUCAGGUUCUUUAUCCUCCGCAGUAUACCCAUAGUCGCAUUGUGGGCGGCGAGGAGGCUGCCGAGGGCGUGGCACCCUACCAGAUUUCCCUGCAAGGAUUGGCAAGUGGUGCCCAUUCCUGCGGUGGUGCGAUCAUCGAUGAGCGGUGGAUUAUAACGGCGGCUCACUGUACCAGAGGCAGACAAGCGGGAGAUUUUCGAGUCCUCACAGGCACCCAGGAUCUGCGGCAGAAUAGCUCCAAGUACUAUUAUCCCGAUCGGAUAGUCGAGCAUAGCAACUAUGCGCCUCGCAAAUAUCGCAAUGACAUAGCCUUGCUGCAUCUGAACGAGUCGAUUGUGUUCGACAAUGCCACCAAACUUGUGGAACUGGACCAUGAGGCAUUGGUGCCCGAAUCCCGACUCCUUCUAACCGGCUGGGGAACCCUUUCCCUGGGCGGAGAUGUGCCCACCCGCCUCCAAAGUCUGGAGGUGAAAUAUGUCCCCUUCGAGCAGUGUCGAGCGGCCCACGACAAUAGCACUCGGGUGGACAUUGGCCAUGUUUGCACCUUCAACGACAAGGGACGCGGAGCCUGCCACGGCGAUUCCGGCGGUCCACUGGUGCACAAUGGCAAGCUGGUGGCUCUGGUCAAUUGGGGACUGCCUUGUGCCAAAGGUUAUCCAGAUGCACAUGCUUCCAUUGCCUACUAUCAUGACUUUAUACGCACUCACCUGAGUCUCUCUAAAACGGACAGCAUCGAUGACAAUCAGGAGGAGAUGAUCACUGCCGAAAAUUAAUACUAAAUCUAUGCUAUUAAAGUAAUU